GUAAAAAUGCCGCAUAGUUGAUGUGGCAAAUGACAUCAGGUUGUCUUGUUGGAGUUACUGAGUUUGAUCAGUUGGUUGAGUAUGUGACUGCCCAAUGUCUCUGUUUUUCCGUUUGUAAUUAGUAAGCAACCGGUGUGGUGAUAUUUUGAGACUGUGAGAAUGUCCUGUAGUCGCACUCAUUUUACUUGGUGGUUUUAGCAAUCAUUUGUGAUCCUUGACAACUAUUUCAUCAAGGGCCACAAAAUUCUGAUUUUAUAAAUCUAUUCCUUCUACGUUAGUUAGCAAUCUUCUGUUAAAAAAAAAAAAAAGGGAAACCCUGGUGGCAUAGUGGUUAAGAGCUAUGGGUGCUAACCCAAAGGUUGGCAGUUCGAAUCCACCAGGCGCUCCUCGGAAACUCUAUGGGGCAGCUCUGCUCUGUCCUGUAGGGUCGCUCUGAGUCGGAAUCGACUCGACGGGAUUGGAUUUUGUAUGUUCCUUUUUUAGGAAUGGUUUUGAGGAGAAAAAAAAUGGAUAGUAGCUAUCAGGGAUGUAUAAAGCCAACAAGGGAUAUUGCUAUUAUUAUUGUUACUACUACUACUAUUUCUGAUUAAUGUUGUUAUACUUUAGGAGUAUCCCUGAGGAGACAGUCAAAAUAAAGUUUUCCAAAACAGAGCAGUCUGAAGCCGGGAAUGGCGACAGUAUUGGACUCAGACCGGGCAAAGAAACAGAAAAGGCUUGUGGAGAAGACAGGCCCUCUGAAAACAGUGCGGGAGCAACAGGUCCACCCUGAGUGUGAAGUCCCAAAGCCUGAAAAGGAGAAAGAUGAGGAGACGAGGACUGAGAAUGGGAAGCUGAUCACUGAGACAGACUCUUGCGGAGAAGUGAAAUCAUCUGGGAAAAUACCUGAACCCGUACAGGCUUGUUAUGAGUACUCUAACUUGGAAAGGCAGCAGGCAAAGCCCAAGGAGAAACCUGACUAUAAAUGUUCAGAACGUGGAGAUGGAUUUGUUCAGCCCUCAGACCUAAUAAAACAGGAGAGUGUGCACAUGGGAGAAAAACUCUAUGAGUCUGAAGUGUGUCAGAGUUCUAGUCUUACAGGACAUCAGAAAAUUUGCUCUAGAGAGAAAAGUCAUCAGUGUCACGAGUGUGGGAAAGCUUUUCAGAGGAGUUCGCACCUUGUCAGACAUCAGAAAAUCCAUCUUGGUGAGAAGCCUUAUCAAUGCAAGGAGUGUGGAAAAGUCUUUAGUCAGAAUGCAGGCCUUUUGGAACAUCUCAGAAUCCAUACUGGAGAGAAACCUUAUCUAUGUAUCCAUUGUGGAAAGAACUUUAGGCGCAGUUCUCACCUUAAUAGACACCAGAGAAUUCACAGUCAGGAGGAGCCCUGUGAGUGCAAGGAAUGUGGAAAAACUUUUAGUCAGGCCCUGCUCCUCACCCACCAUCAGAGAAUCCACAGUCACUCGAAAAGUCAUCAGUGUAACGAGUGUGGGAAAGCCUUCAGUUUGACCUCGGACCUUAUUCGACAUCACAGGAUUCACACUGGAGAAAAACCUUUCAAGUGUAAUGUAUGCCAGAAAGCAUUCCGACUAAACUCACACCUUGCUCAACAUGUGAGAAUCCACAAUGAAGAAAAACCCUAUGAGUGUAAUGAGUGUGGAGAAGCCUUUAGGCAGAGGUCAGGCCUUUUCCAACAUCAGAGAUAUCACCACAAAAAUAAACUGGCUUGAUAAGGUAACUUCUCCUUAUAGAAGAUCAGAGAGGGAUAUGCUGACAACCAAAGAGCUCUUUGGGAAAAGUCUCUAUCUAGCCAACUCUGGCAUGAGAGAAUUCUUGGGGGGUCAAGUUGGAUGCUGCUUGCCUUCCAUUCGCUCUCAUUUUAAUUUCUUCUCCUUUGUUUUCCUUGAAGUCAGCUUUGGACCACAAUGUAACCUGACCUUAUGAAUGCCAGUAAAUUUCCAUUCUUCAGAAAAGACUGCCUUAAACUGGCCCAAGCCAGAUUUGGCCCACCUCGCAUGUGCAGAAGGGCCAGCUGUGAUCUUUGGUUAACUUCAACAGAAGACGCAGCAACACUGGAAUGAAUCAGAAGGGAAAUCAUCACCCAGACCCCAUUCUGAAGCGAGAGGUCCAACAAGAACCACGUCACCUCCUGUUUCCUGACCACCAUAAUUCCUGCAAUGUCUUCCUUUCCCUCCCUAGUACACCUGUGCGGCCGCCAUCUUCCUACCCAAAUCAUACAUAAGCCCUGCUUUCCCAUAG